CGCUUCACAGCCACCAAAAACACUAACCCUCUUCCCUUUCUUCUCUCAUCCGCAAUAAGCAUUUCUAUCGACAUUUUCUUCUCUUCCUUGACCUUCUUCUCCAACAGUUGUUGCAAGGGUUUGCGUCGGUGGCGAAUCGGAGAGUUACCAGAGGUGGCUCCUGUCUUUGACUCCAACAGAGACAACGCCAAUCGGGACAGAGGAACAGGGGAGGCUCCGCACGUUCAAUGUUCGUUUAUGGGGUGGGUCGCGGAGCUUCUCCACCUCCGCCAUCUCAAUCGGCGAGGACCCAGCUCCGAACUCCACUUUCGUACUUAAUCGCGUUUGAUCUUAGUUGUGUUGUGCAAAGCUAAGGAAAGAUGUAGAGGUGGACCUAUCAGCUCAUGCCAAACUUGCAACAUUAUGUGGUCAAGCUUACACCUAAUAGCAAAAGAGUAAUUGGAAUAUAGGAACUCAGAAGCCGGUAAAUCAACCACUUUUUCUUCCAUAUAUAAAUGUUUUAUCUAUUUUUUGUCUGUCUUAUCUAAAACAUAAUGUCGUUUGAAAUGGUUUUAUUUAAAGUGAAAAGAAAAACAGAAUUAUUAUUUACUAUAAACGGGAAUUCUUUGUAAGCUAUCAGUCUAGAU